ACGGACAGUAUUCUAAUUGAUUUAAUUGCAUAUGGCGACAGGUAGCCAGUUUUUAGUGAAAUUAUGUUCUCGUGCCAGAGCGUGCUGUGUGUGAAAUUUUUGAAGUGUAGUGAUUCUCAAAGUUUUAUCAUUUCAUCAGUGCGUAGCGUAGCGGUACGUAGCGAAGCGUUAGGAAAAGUGCAACUAUGAAAGCCAACUCGAGAAAUAUACAGAAAACAGAUAUGUCCGAUGCGUACGACAGUGAUUGUGAAGAAUCGCAUCCUGUGAAAACUGUAAAGAAGUCAAAUAGAAUGAGAAUUUUGAUUGCGCUUUUACUGAUUGGAUUAGUUGGGGUGGCUGUGGCCAUUCCAACUGUAAUGUUAACUCGGAAGUCGUCUAGUUCCGAUCCAGCAGAAAACGAGGUCGUCACCUACGACUUCCCCUAUGUGAGUCGUUCAGAAUGGGGGGCAAAGACGCCAGUAGAAACGCUGGAACUUCGCACACCGGUUCCCUACGUGGUUAUCCACCACUCAUAUACCCCGGUAGCUUGCUACAAUAGAGAUGACUGUAUAAAGGCUAUGAAGAGCAUGCAGAAUUUUCAUAUAGAUGAUCGACAUUGGUGGGAUAUUGGAUAUCAUUUUGGAGUGGGUAGCGAUGGAGUGGCGUAUGAAGGCAGAGGAUGGUCCAUUCUUGGAGCCCAUGCGCUGCAUUUCAACAAUGUGAGCAUCGGUAUCUGCGUCAUCGGCGAUUGGACAAACUCCACCCCGCCAGCAGAGCAGAUAAAAACCGUGAAAUCAUUAAUAGCAGCAGGCGUUGAUAUGGGCUACAUCCAACCUAACUACAAGCUGGUUGGGCAUCGACAAGUCAGAGAGACCGAGUGCCCGGGGCAAACCUUCUUCGAAUCAAUCAAGAGCUGGGACCACUGGUCGGCCUUCCCUGAAUCGGCUGAGGACCUUGUCAAUGUACCUGAGCUUAGCGAGGAUUUUAAAAAGGAAUAUAAUAAAACGCUCAAGUCAAUUUGAGGCAAACUUUAGUAAUAGGUACCUACUGUCCCACCAUAUAUUGGCAGCCGGAACAGCCAUAGAAAAACCAGUUUUGAUUUUGAAACUGCGGUAAAUAAAUGAAGGAGCGUUCUAUUGGGUCAGAAUAGCAAAAUAUGUAGAAUAAGUAGUUAAAUAACGAUAACGUGUGUAAAGACUGGCACUUCUGGUGUUUGACUUGUCAAAAUGUGUCAAGUCACUCGAAAACAUGUUUUUGCCAUGCAAUAUAUAGUACCUAAUGAGCAUACAAUAUAUGGUACUGGAAUAUAAUGGCAAUUUUUUUAUUUAUUGAUAUUUAAUGUAGGUGACUAUUAUGUCAUCUGUUUUGAUCUGAUGUCGUAAUUCCGAUAAGUUAAUCAUAUAGGUACUGUAUCGAAGUAAGUAUUCAAUGAGGCAUGAAAUGUAUUUUUGAUAAGGUCUUAUAGCUCGUAAUAAAUUAUUUUAAUUGUACAUAUCUAGA